GGUACCAAAUGGCAUUGCCUCCCUUUGAGAUCUCCUAGAAUUCUGAAGGUGGUAGAGAUAGAUAUAUUUUUCUUUUUCUUUUUGCAGAGUGGAGGCACCUGGAAUCCUAUCUGGAGAAGAGGCUUAUUUUAGAAGUUACCAUUGUGGGUUACUGCUUUUCCCAUCCCCCUUCUAGGUGUUAAGAGUCCCCCCCCGCCUCCUACAUAACUUCAGUCCCAAGAGUUUCUCUUCACUCUUCAUACCCAUUACAAGGAAGUUUACAGUAACUUUGAAAUUUUGUCUCUCAUUCCAAAGUGAAAGAGGAAACCCCCGAACUCUCUUUUCUGCCCCUUUGAAUGGAAUUUACAUUUAACCCCUGCAUUCCAACUCUGGGACUCCCCUCUCCCCCUCUGGGUUUUGCAAGGGACAGUAGGUUCCCCCACUCAGUGUUUUAAAGUUGGAAGAGGGAGAGCUGUCAGCUAGCAUGGCUGCAGUUUUGUUCUUUUAAACAACCUACAAGCGUUUUGACUUCUUUAAAGAGGCACAAAGAGCAGGAGGGGAGGAUAUAUUUUCCCCAACCUGGAGGUCUUGUGGGUCUUGGAAGAUGCCUUCCGUAAUGGAAAAAUCGGGGAUACUGUCCAGGAGCCGGUCCAAGUCAGCCACCAACGGCAACCAUCAGAACUCAGAGGAUGACAGCAGUGAAGAGGAACACUCCCACGACAGCAUGAUCCGCGUGGGAGCAGAUUAUCAAGCUGUGAUCCCAGAGUGCAAACCAGAGAGCCCAGCUCGUUACAGCAACAAGGAAUUGAAAGGGAUGCUGGUUUGGUCUCCUAAUCACUGUGUAUCAGAUGCCAAAUUGGACAAAUACAUUGCCAUGGCCAAGGAGAAGCAUGGGUACAACAUAGAGCAGGCUCUGGGGAUGCUGCUGUGGCACAAACACGAUGUGGAGAAGUCCCUUGCAGACCUGGCUAAUUUCACCCCUUUCCCUGAUGAGUGGACAGUGGAGGACAAAGUCCUGUUUGAACAAGCCUUCAGCUUCCACGGCAAGAGCUUUGCUCGCAUCCAGCAGAUGCUUCCUGAUAAAUUGAUUCCCAGCCUGGUGAAGUACUACUACUCCUGGAAGAAAACCCGGAGCAGGACCAGUGUGAUGGACCGGCAGGCCCGCAAACUGCUUAGCAAGAAGGAGAAGGAUGACAGCAAUGAUGAGCUGGAGGAAGGGCGGCAGGCCAGCGAGGGUGAAUUUGAUGCCAUGGAUCCCAAGAAGGAGCCGAGUUACCAGAAGCCGCCAAGCAGCAAACCAGGUCCCGUGAAGAAGGAGGUCCAAUUGUCGCAGUACCGGCACCACCCACUCCGCGCCCGCCGGCGACCCCCCAAGGGCAUGUACCUGAGCCAGGAGGACAUCACGGGCCUGUCCACCAGCCCCGACAUGGCUUCUCUCACACUACGCCACUUGGACUCCCAGCUGGUGUCCCUCAAACGGCAGGUACAGAGCAUCAAACAGAUCAACAGCAGCAUGAAGCAGGUAUUAGAAGGAGGAAUAGACAAGUUGCGGCCCCCUGAGACAAACGUUAAGUUCAAUUCACGUUGGACGACAGACGAGCAGCUCCUCGCCGUGCAGGCCAUCCGAAAAUAUGGGAAGGACUUCCAGGCUAUCGCAGAGGUGAUCAGUAACAAGACUGUAGCUCAGGUGAAGACUUUCUUCGUCAGCUACCGGCGGCGGUUCAACCUGGAGGAGGUGCUGCAGGAAUGGGAAGCAGAGCAGGAGGGAGGGGGUCCCACUGCUCCACAGGGCAGCUCCCCUGCCCAGGACCCCAAGAGCUCCAGUGCUUCACUAGCGAGCAGUGAGGAAGAGGAUGAGGUCCAGAUCACGGCUGUCUCCCGUUCCUCCUCCUCCUCCUCCUCGCAGCAGCCGCAGCAGCCACUGCCGCCACCCCCACCCCCACCCCUCCCAGCUUCUUCUCCCCGACCACCCCCGCCAGCGGCCCUCUCCCAGCCACCCCCUUUGCUGAGGCCCACGCUUCCAACAGCACCCACGCUGCACCGCCAGCCGCCACCCCUGCAACAAGGUCGCUUCCUGCAGCCCAGACUCUCGCUCAACCAGCCACCACCCCCGCUCAUCCGACCGGCGACAUCACGACAGCCAGCCCGGGGAGGCCAGCACCCCCCCUCUCUCCUUGGCGGUGGGACAGGGGAGCCCCCUACGCCCUCCUCCGCCUCCCUCUGAGGAGACCUUUCAGCCUCCUGCUGAGCAAUCUGUGAGCCUCACGCCACAGCAGUUACCGCUGGGACUGGGACAACCUGGUCUCACCCCCUCCCUGUACAGAAACGUGUGGAACUGCUGUGGCGGUGGCAGAAGGGGAGGAGGGAGAAGGGUCCCAAGUGUCCUCUGGUCCAGCUCAGGUAGCGUCUAGAGAGCUGGCACUGAAGCCUAGUCCCCAGGUGAAUUGAGAUGGGG